AUGGACCCCAUUUAGCCCUAAAAAAGGAAGAAGGAAAACCUACGUCUUCGACUCUGAUUUGCAACGAAAAAUCGAAAACUCAUUUCUCAAAGAAAUCUUUGAACCAAAUUCACUUUUGAGUUUAGGAUAUGAGGACUUUAUGAUUAAAAAUGUUUACUAUAAAAGAAUGUUAGCAAGCAUGCCUAGGCAUUUAAAGUCUUUGGCAGGUGAUGAUAGUAUUAGGGAUGUUAUGAGGAUUGUCAGAGAAGAGAUGAUAUGUGAGUUUUAUGUGGACCAUGAGGUUAAUUUUGCUGAAAUUGCUCCUCUACCAAUAGGUUGGAUUGAUAAUGAUGUAGUUUAUGAGGAUUGGGGACCACAAGAUAGGGUAGGCCAGAAUGGUAACAAUGAAGUUAAUGAGGGAGAAGAGGAAGGUGACAUAGGGAACAUAACCCAAGACAGGCCAAUUGGUGGUAAUAAGGGUAAAUUUGGAAAUUCAUUUGAAAGAGGUGAAUGCAGUAAUAGAGGUGGCUGUGAAGAAGAGUGUUCUGUUGAUGAUUGGAGCUCAACAGAUGAAGAAGCAGAUCCUGUUGAUGGUAGUGACAGAGAUGAUGAUGAAGCCAUUGCUGUGAAGGCUACUGCAAGGUCUCUAAGAAGACCAACAGAAGGAUUAGAAGUUCCUCUAGGUUUUGAGGGUUCAAAAACAAGGGUUAGGUACAAAACUGUUGCAAAGAAACCAACUCCUAGAUCUACUCCCACAAAGAAAGCAACAGAUCCAACCUCAACAUCUACAAGCAAAGGGGUUCCAAUAGAUCCUGUUGAGAAGGCCAGAAGGAGAAAGGAAAAGGCCAAGCUUGCGGAGAAGAGUGAUAAUGAUGGGAGAGAUAAUGAAUAUGUUCCAAGUGAUGAUGCUGGCAAGUUGAGGGGCUCAUCAACAGAUUCUGAAAAUGACAUUUUUUCUGCUCUUAGAGCAGCAGAUAGACCAAGAAGAGCUGCAAAUGUCUACUUUAAUCCUGCUUGGGAUAAUGAACCUAAAAGGCAAAGGUUUGUUUGCAAGUCUGGUUUGUGUAGUUGGGAGAUUUAUGCUUCAUUUGAGAAGAGGGACGACAGUUUCAAGGUAAAGAGUUACUACCCUGAACACACUUGCUUCAGAAAUCCUAACAACAAGAUGAUGACUUAUGAGAUGGUGGCUGAGUACUUUAAAAGUAGAAUUUAUGCCACUCCUUUCAUAAAAUGUAAAGACAUGAUGACAUUUUCUUAUAAUGAGCUUAGGGCAAAUGUCAACUUCAAGAAAUGUGAAAGGGCAAAAAGAAUGGUUUUAAAGGACAUGGAAGGAAAUUACAGAGAUGAGUAUGCUAUGAUUAAUGCGUUUGGGAUGAUGUAUGUGUGUUUAAAAGCAGUUAGUGAUGGUUGGAAAAAAGGAUGCAGACCAAUCUUUGGGGUUGAUGGUUGUUUUCUUAAGGGAAUAUGCAAGGGCAUACUGUUAUUUGCUGUUGGUAGAGAUGGAAAUAACCAAAUGUAUCCAAUUGCAUGGGUUGUCGUUGAGUUAGAAAACAAUGAUUCUUGGCAAUGGUUCAUGGAAAAGCUUGCAAAUGAUUUGGAGUUGGGCGAUGGACAUGGUUACACCAUGAUUUUUGAUAGACAUCUAGGCAUGAUUAAUGCAAAGGCAAAGGUAUUACCAUUGAUUUGGCAUAGAUAUUGUGCAAGGCACUUCUACUGCAAUCUUGCAAGGCGAAAUAGAGGUGAUGACAUCAAGCUUGCAUUUUGGUUGGCAUGUAGGGCAACCAAUGAGUUCGACUAUCUUGACAAAAUGGAUGCUUUGAGGGCGUUGUCUGAGGAGGCUUAUACUGAACUGAAUGAACUGCCUGGUAAUUUCUGGUGCAAUGCCUUUUUUAAUGAGCAUUCCCGAUUCUGCUCUUCUUCUUCUUCUUCCCGCUGCAGCCAAAAAAAAAGAAAGGGGGAACCCAGCCAUGCCUUUGAGAAACCGAAACCCAAAUCUGGUCGGUUCUCCCCUCCCCUGUCCGUGAGCUGCAGCUUGUGGGUGGGUGAUUUCUGGGCAUGUUUUCGUUCCGAGCCUUGUGCAUUUGUGGGACCCGUCUCACGAGUGUACGGCGUCUGUCGCGUCUCGAAAUUGGGUUUUGGGGCGUGACAGAUUUAGUGGUAUCAGAGCUUAGGUUAAAUUAAGAUUUUGUGAUAGCAGAUUUAGUGGUAUCAGAGCUUAGGUUGAAAUUAAGAGCUUGGUUUAAAUUAAGAGUUUUGGAUUAAAUUAAGUACCUCCAGAUUGAGUGGCAUCAGAGCAGAUUGAGUGAUAUCCGAGCCUAGGUUUAAUUGAAUACCUAGGAUUUGUUUUGGACUUGGCUAGCCAGUGGAUUUUAGACCUGUGGUGAGACGAGUGAUGGGGUUAUAUAAGGGACGAUUCUGAUUCCUGUUGCCUGAAUUUUCUCAUCCAUUUCGAUGAGAUGGUAAUCUGAUUGUUCUUGUUUCUUGCCUUCAUACUUUGUGUGAAGUUGUGAAAGUAAUCUUGCCCGUUAUGUCCUGAAGACCUUGUUUUGAAACUUGGUCAUUUCUGAUAGUCUGCACUUGUUUAGGCUUGUUACGUGAAUAGAAUUUUUGUGUGCUC